GACUUAGGCAAAUGGACGCAAAACACUAAUGUAACCGAGUUGAGGGUUUUAAAAACUUUAGUUUUUCUAACGAAUGGGGAGAAAGGGUUAUAUUAUUUCGUGUGUUGGACUAUAGGGGGAGAAGAUUUGGGAUCGGAAAUAUCUUUGCAUUCCCCUGACAAGGACCAUACUAUUCAUUCCUCAGAGCCUAUAUGCUUGUCCAUGUCUGCUAAUGAGAAUAUUGAUAAUGGCAUCACGCCCCUGGAGUCACCAAAUUCGGCAAAUAAUGAUUUUCAGUAGGAAGGGCAGAGGCAAUGUGGGAUGGGAGUGGCAGAAGACAACCCAGAAGUUUCAGUGGGUAUUGGUGGAACAACAGAGACACAGAUUUUUCUCAAUGGAGAACAAGGGCAUCUUAAAGAUGGAGUCUUUGAGCAAUGCGUGGAAAUGCUCAAAUCUGAAUACCCAUCAGAUGCUUUGGAAAGGAAAGAGGCUGCAUUAAAGAAUCAAGAGAUAAACCGGCAAUCUGGAUUGGCUCUAUGGGUUAAGUGGAGAGGAAAAUGGCAAGCAGGAAUACAGUGCUCCAUGGAUGACUGCCCUUCAACAACAGUGAAAGCUAUGCCAACUUAUGGACGAAAAACAUACAUUGUAGUUUACUUUCCAAACUCUCGCAGCCAUUUUUGGACAGAUUCACAACUUGCAUGUACAAUUUCGGAGAAACCAGAACCUCUUGCAUUUGGUACCCAUGAGACUGGACAAGAACUGGUAAAGGACCUCAGUAUACCACGGCAGUACAUGUUGCAAAAACUUGCAAUUGAUAUGUUGGAGGCCAGUGAUCAACUUCAUGUUGAGGCUGUGGUAGAAAGUGCCCGUAAUGUAAAUGUUUGGAAGGAAUUUGCAAAGGAGGCUGCUCAAUGUACAGUUUACUCUGAUUUGGGUAGAAUGUUACUAAAGCUUCGCAGUAUGAUAUUGGAAAUAUAUAUUAGCCCUUCAUGGAUGGAAAAAAUUGAUUUCUGGAAGCAAGAAUGUGAGAACACAAAAACUGCUGAGGGUUUGGAGAAACUUACAAAGGAUUUGGAGGAUGCAAUUUUGUGGGAUGAGGUUGCAAAGCUUUGGAAUGCUCCUGAGCAAACUGCUUUAGGGGUAGAAUGGAAAACAUGGAAAAAGGAGUCCAUGAAAUUGUUCUCAAUAUAUAAUCCUUCAACAUCAUACACCUUUGAAAGGAACUUUGAUAGGGAGAGCAGGGAAAAGUACACAAGAAUCAGUGAUACAUUAGGUACUAAUGGUGUUGAGGCUAGUAGGAAACGCCAAAAACUAGAAAUACGUCGUGGAAAUUCCUCAGAAGGAAAAGAUGCAGCUGAAUCUCAGUUUAUUGCUUCAGGGGAAGUGUUUAAUUUGCCAUUUGUUUCUCAUACUGGCGAGUGUCAGCAUGCUAUCGGUGAUUCAAAACCCGCAGUAGAGGAAGUUGACUUGAAGAAUCAAUCCCUGACAGAGAUAGAGGCAUCACAUACUGAUCAUGCAUAUCAACGAUGCUCUGCUUUUGUGGAAAGUAAGGGUAGAAAAUGCAAUCGAUCGGCAAUUGAUGGAGGCAUAUUUUGUCACCUACAUUUAAAUUUUCGUUCUUCAGAUAAUGCUCAUAAAGUAGCACAUGAUGACUCUUUAUCUUUAACAGUGCAAACAGAACUCAGUUUUCCAAUAUGUCAGGGUAUGACCAAACAUAGAAAAAGGUGUACUCACCGAUCUCGGAAUGGAACUUCCUUCUGUAAGAAACAUAUGCCUCAAGAUGUUCAUAUCUUAGAUGAUGCGGAUGCAACUAGAAGUUCAAGCAAUAGCCAAAAAAGAGAUACAAUAUUGGUUGAGGGACACCCAGCAGAGAAGGUAUCAACUUCAGCAGAUGUUUGCCACACAGAGAGUCAGAAUAAGCAAAGUUCUCCAUCUUUUUCAAACAUGGAAACAACACAUGGAAACAUAUCUCAGAAAUUGGACAAUGGCAGCAACUUAUUACUGCCAGAGAGGUCUUCUGCCAAAGUCUCCAACAGGAGCGGAAAUUGGUCCCGUUGUAUUGGAAGUUGCCGCAAUCACGGUGGUCAAUGUUCUCACAGGGCUAAGAGGGGUUCAUCUUAUUGUGAAAAACAUUUACCAAGUUCAUUGGGGCUCCAUCAUAGAUAUACUGAAUCAAUGUUGAAUGAUAUAUUCAAAAAUACACUAAAUGAAGAAUCACACCAUUCUAACUUCAAGAAUCUUUUGGACGAUUAUAUGAAAUCACGACUUGCCAAAGGAGGUGACUGUGAUUUGAAUUUAGAGGACAGAGGUUUGGAUAAGCUCAUUGGUGAAGCAUCAAAAGAUCCGGAAAUUGCAAAUGUCUGGUUAGAGAAGGUGUCAGCUGAAAAAGAAAAAUUGGCAAAGCGUUUUGGUUUUGAAGAAAGUGAAAAUGAUGCUUUUGCAAGCUCUCCUGGGAUUUCUGAGGUACAGAAGCCCCUUGGUUCAGUUGUACUGGCAGGCAAUGGAUUAGAAAGGCAGAGCCCUCAGGGUGAGAUGGAUGUGUUUGAAACUGUUCACUCUUCUGCUAAUGAACUGGUAAACCAAAAGUGCCAAGGUUGUUCUGAGGAGUUUUCUGAUAUGCGUACCCUUAGUCACCAUUGCAUCACCAAUCAUAAGAGGGCAGCUGAAAGACAUUUCAGAGGAUAUGCUUGUGGAAAUUGUAGUAGUUCAUUUACUAACAAGAAAGGUCUUGAGAGGCAUGUCAAGAUACAUCACAGUGGAGUUUCACUUGAGCAAUGCACAGAAUAUAGUUGUAUAGCCUGUGGUGUUCAUAUUGUAGACUGUGAUCAGCUAUGGCAGCAUGUGAUGCUUGCUCACCCCAAGGAACUCAACCAAUCUGUUUGUAUCAAAGAGCAGGUUCAUUAUACAGAAUCUUCAAAACCUUUGAAGGUUGAACAAGACAAACAAGAUGCUGUUAAUCCAAGUUGUUCUAAGCAAGAUUGUAGUUGUGAAUUUGAUUUCGAACAUAAAAUUGAGAGCAAUCACUGUAAUAUAUCUACGUUUGAUGAGGAUUCAGGAUUUGGUGAAAAGAGAACCUUUGCUCGUGAUCCUUUGAAGAGAUUUUCUUGUAGGUUCUGUGGUAUGAAGUUUAGUCUUCUCCCAGAUCUUGGACGCCAUCAUCAAGCUAAACAUAUGGGUUCCAGUUCAGGGAACAAACCUAAUCAUAGAAAAGGAAAAGAGAGUUUUGCAGCCAAGUGGAGGGCCAAUAAAGGAAAUCUUAGAAAAAUCCAAACCUCUGCAGGACUUAAAAAUGCAGCUGCUAUAGCCAGGAAGAAGCUGAUAAAAAGAAAUAAUCUGCAGAGAUCUAUACGGGUUGAUAAUAAAGUCCAGCUACAUAACCAAAGUGAAGGAAAAGACAGAUUUACUGAAGCUUACCUUUCAGCUGUAGCAAACAUGUUGCUGUCAGAAGGGCAAAAAGUGAGACAGUUGCCUAACAACCUGGAAAUUCUUCAUGUUGCUCGUUUAGCUUGCUGUAGAGCCAAUUUACAGGCAUCUCUCGAAGAAAAGUAUGGCACUUUGUCAGAGAGGCUUUACGUUAAGGCUGCUAGGCUUUGUAGUGAGGAAAACAUCAGAGUUGAGUGGCAUAAGGAAGGUUUUAUCUGUUCCAAAGGAUGCAAGCCUAAAGUUGACACUCAAGAUUCUGUUCUCUUAACCCCUGUUCUUGAUGUAUGCCUUAAUCCUGGUACAUUCCAAGUGAACGAUCAUGACAUGAUUACCAAUGAAACUCAUUCUAAGGAGACAUCAGAAAAUGUGGAAAGUCACUUGGUGUUAAAUGCCUCUGAUAUAAAAAGCAGUCAUCAAAGGAAAAUUGUGGUCCUGCUUGAGGACUUGAGCUUUGGGCAAGAAACAGUACCGAUUCCUUGUGUGAUGGACGAAGAUUUGAUUGGCAUAGAUGGUAAAGAUCAACAUCUAGAUUCAUCAAGGCCCUGGGAGAUUUUUUCCUAUAUAACUGAUAGGCUGUUGGAUUCUUCACUGGGACUUGAUGCAAAGUUUUGUAUGUUGCAGAGCUCUCAACUUGGAUGCACGUGCACACAGCCACAGUGCUCUCCCGAAUCAUGCGAUCAUGUGUAUCUUUUUGAGAAUGACAAUGAAAAUGCACAAGACAUUUAUGGUAAACCAAUAAAUGGUAGAUUUCCCUAUGAUGAGAAUGGUCGAAUAAUUUUGGAGAAAGGUUAUUUGGUAUAUGAAUGCAACUCAAUGUGUAGUUGUCAAAAAGAAUGUCAGAACCGUAUUCUACAAAAUGGAGUACAAGUUAAACUUGAAGUCUACAAAACAAAGAAUAAGGGAUGGGGAGUUAGAGCUGCAGAAGCAAUAUGUCGUGGGACAUUCAUUUGUGAAUACAUUGGGGAGGUGUUAAAUGGCCAAGAAGCCAAUAAACAAAGGGAGAGGUAUGACAAAGAAGGUGGUUGUUAUCUGUAUGAUAUUGGUCUCCAUAUUGAUACAAACGAGUAUCAGUUUAUGGAGGCACCCAAUCCUUAUGUCAUUGAUGCAACUAAAUAUGGAAAUGUUGCACGGUUCAUAAACCAUAGCUGUUCUCCAAAUCUAGUUAACUAUCAGGUGCUGGUAGAAAGUAUGGAUUGUCAACUUGCACAUAUUGGUCUUUAUUCAAGCAGGGAUAUUGCCUUUGGAGAAGAACUAGCGUAUGAUUAUAACUACAAAUUGUUUCCAGGGAAAGGAAGCCUUUGCCAUUGUGGGGCAGAAAAUUGCCGUGGAAGGUUGUACUAGAAAGUUUUAAGCUGCAAAUUUAUUAUGGAUUUGUAUUCUGUCAAAAAUUGUACACUAUUAGGGGAAAUCUUAUGACCUCUCAAAUUAGCAACUUUGUAUAUAUUCAAGCCUUUACAAGAUUUUAGGGAGGUGAGCUACUUCUCUUUUGUAUCAUAGCCACGAAUGUUGAAACACCAAGAUAGCGAUGGAGCUCACUGAAUAUAGCACUGUGAUGGAGCUCAGUGAUUGUAACAUCUGAACAUUCAUUUGAUUGAUAGCCUAGCUUGACUUCUAUUUAGUUGGAAGUUUUCCCAUUGGUUUAGCUCUGACAUCAGAUGAGGUGCCUUUAAAAGGUCCUCUGGAAGUAUAUCAUCUGCCAACAAUAGGUGAUCGAGAUCCUGGACAUGGGUCUGUUUAGAAGUCAGAAUCAAAGUGGAGUGAUGCUGACAUGUAGACAAAAUGGAAUUGAGUUGACUUAUAUAUUUUAUGCGGACUUCAAGGUUCUGUUUCUUCAAAAAAAGCUUCUGGAGAUUUUCUUAGUA